AAGCAGUUUGCAACCUGUGUCCUGAAGAUAGGGAGAGUGUCAGGACUGUCGAACAAAACCUUGAAUGGCAUUCUAACCAUGGGCUUAUCCGCACCUGGAUUGGAUACACAGAUAUGAUCAUUCCUACCGACUGAAACCGGGUUCUCCCAACACAGAUAAAUCCUAGUGUUGACCAAGCUCAUUGGAGUAGCUCUAGAUUCAACUUCCUUGAAUUGAUCGCUGCUUAUUUUCCCAAAUGUCGAGCGCCUUAGCCAUUUCUGCACGGUUUUACCCCUCAAAUUGCUUGUGUUCAAAUCAAAGGAGGGGUAGCAGGCGCAAUUUAAGGUUUGUAGGCAGCAACAUUUGUGUGAAGGCAACUGCAAUCGAGAAAGAGUCGGCCAUGGCGGAAAAACCAGAAACUUUUCUGCGCGAGACCGAAGAGUGGGGCGUUUCUGUGCGAGCGCGUUUCGAGAAGACGAUAAGAAAAGCGCAGGAUGAGGUGUGCAGCGCGGUGGAGGCAGUGGACGGAACGAAGUUCAGGGAGGACGUGUGGUCGAGGCCCGGUGGCGGCGGCGGCAUCAGCCGCGUGCUACAGGACGGCAAUGUCUGGGAGAAGGCUGGGGUUAAUGUCUCUGUCGUCUAUGGAAACAUGCCCCCUGAAGCCUAUCGCGCCGCCAAUCCCGGUAAAGCCAAUGCCAAUGCCAAUGCCAGUUCCAACGAAUUGUCCGCAAUUCCUUUCUUCGCCGCUGGAAUUAGCUCGGUAAUGCAUCCAAAAAAUCCUUUUGCUCCAACUGUGCAUUUCAAUUAUCGUUAUUUUGAGACUGAUGCUCCUAAAGAUGCAGAUGGAGCUCCUAGGAAAUGGUGGUUUGGUGGAGGUACUGACUUAACUCCAUCUUAUGUAUUUGAGGAGGAUGUCCGCCACUUUCACACGGUUCAAAAACAAGCAUGUGACAAGUAUGAUCUAACUUUCUAUCCAAAAUUCAAAAAGUGGUGCGAUGAUUACUUUCUUAUUAAGCAUCGUGGUGAAAGACGUGGACUUGGAGGAAUAUUUUUUGACGAUCUGAAUGAUCAGGGUCAAGAGUUUUUAUUUGCGUUUACAAGAGAGUGUAUGAACUCUGUAGUUCCAGCAUACAUACCAAUAAUAGAAAAGCGUAAGGGUAUGCCAUUCACAGAAAAGCAUAAGUCAUGGCAACAGCUGAGAAGAGGUCGUUAUGUUGAGUUCAACUUGGUUUAUGAUAGGGGCACUACAUUUGGACUUAAGACAGGAGGGCGCAUAGAAAGUAUCUUGAUGUCUUUGCCUUUGACUGCGCGGUGGGAGUAUGACCAUCAACCUGAAGAGAAUAGUGAUGAAUGGAAAUUGCUGGAUGCCUGCAUCAAUCCAAAGGAGUGGCUGUAAAUAUUAAUGCUCUCAUUUUUAGAGACUAGGAUAGAAUAGAUUAUUUGUUUUUACCAACUAGAGGCAGAAUUAUUGACAUGGGCAAAGGCCAGUUUUGUGCCUAGAUUAAUGGAGUAUAAAGGGUAUUGCAGAUAGAGAACUUCAGCCGUGUGAUUCAAAGAUGAUUCUUCUCUCUAAGAUAUCCUAUGCUUCAUUUGAGUUUUUAUCCCUAUGUCAUUAUUAAGAGUUAUCAAUUCCAAAUGAAAAGUUGUAUUGUAUACUGAAGAAGUAAUUGUGUUAUAUAUCAAAUCUGGAAUAAAGUUUCUACUAUCCACUGAAGAAGCAUACACUAAUUGUAUUAUUUAUCAAAUUCCGAAUAAAGUGUUGUACUUCUACAGUA